CGCCAUCUGUCAACCUUUUUCCUGUCGAUUGAGCGCGUGGCAAGUCGUUUUCGGCCCGUCCCGGUGUAGAUUCGCAAGUGAUUUAGACGCCUAUCGCCAUUUUCAAACAGAAACAACGUUAGCAUCAUGAAGAUCUACAAGGAUAUCAUUACCGGUGACGAGAUGUUCGCCGACACCUACAAAAUGAAGCUGGUGGACGAAGUCAUCUACGAGGUGUACGGCAAGCUGAUCACUCGUCAAGGCGAUGACAUUGUACUGGCCGGCGCCAACGCCUCCGCCGAGGAAGCCGAUGAGGGCACCGAAAUCACUUCGGAGACCGGCGUUGAUGUGGUGUUGAACCACCGACUGCAGGAGUGCUUCGCGUUCGGCGACAAAAAGUCCUACACCCUCUACCUGAAGGACUACAUGAAGAAGGUUCUGGCCAAGCUGGAGGAGAAUUCCCCCGACCAGGUCGAUGUGUUCAAGACCAACAUGAACAAGGCAAUGAAGGACAUCCUCGGCCGUUUUAAGGAGCUGCAGUUCUUCACUGGCGAGUCCAUGGACUGCGACGGCAUGGUGGCUCUUGUGGAGUACCGCGAGAUCGAUGGCGACAGCGUACCCGUGCUUAUGUUCUUCAAGCACGGCCUUGAGGAGGAGAAGUGCUAGAUGGAUCACCCGGUAGCCGUGUGUGUUUGGGCGUGCCUUUCCGACUUCUCCCAAAAGGCGGGAGGAAUCGUUCAUCACCCAACAGGCCAACAUACUCAUGCAUACCUUCUAAAUAUUUAUCAGAUACUUAGUUAAAAUUUUGAAAGUCUUAAAUUUAUGUUUAAACAAAGCUGACAAAGAUCCCUGUCCAUCGAUAUAAUUGAUUUUUGGUAAAAGAAAAGUCUUACAAAUUUGAUUUAAUGUUUAUUGUUUAACUGCAGAUCAUGUAGCAUGCAAUUUUGUGGUUGUGGCGAAAGAGAAGAAUACAAUGGCUAAAUUAAUAUAAUGCCGAUAAUAUUGUAAUUAAAAUAAUAUUUUGAUAGCAACAACGCAACUUUGUACGCAUUUUCAUCUUUGUUUCACACGAAUACUAAGAAAAUACCUAAAAUGGAAACUAGUACUGAAUUAAACGGAAACCAUAUACUAUACAACUGUAAA